ACUCUCCGUGUUCUCGACUCUCCGUCUCUACUAAUCCUCUCACUUCUGCACGAAUCGUCAAAUCAACAACAGCAAAGACUGUGGGUGACGGUUGAUAUCGCCUGACGGGACAGGUACGUACUGCUUGCUAUUGCAAGAGACUCUGCCGCACAGCCGUUCAUCAUGUCGUAUCCCCCGCCUCCAGGUCUGAAAAGCGCCCAGCAAUCCAUAUCAGCUUCAUCAACCCCACCACCUCACGCCUCUCUCCCUCCACGCCCGCCACCUCCGGCCGCUCCACUUUCGAACUUUAAGCCCGCAUUUUCCUCCACGCCAUCCUUUCUCUCGGGAGCAACUGGUUCUCGACCGGGCACCAAUGGCGCAGCGACUCCUGUUGGGACGUUCACGGGCUUCCGACCCCGUACCAUAGCCAAUAACCAAUCUUGGAGAUCUUACAGUCCAACCGUCUCAGCUCCACCAACUCCUGUCGCUUCUACAGUCUCAACUACACCUGCAUCUGGAUAUGCAACUGCCGGUUAUCCAACGAACUCAUAUGCGCAAGUACAAACCCCGUACUAUCAAACGCCGCAAGAUGCACAUGCGCACGCUACCCCGCCUCAGAUCCAGAACCCUUUUCCUGCUCCUGGGCGAGGAAAUGGCAAUGCGCGAUAUCACGAGAGCGGUGCUGAUCCAGAGAUGGAAGCGCAAAUAGCGCAAUGGCAAAGUGCAUAUACAACUAGAGAGGCGGAGCCGCCAGGAAGCAAAAGCGGCGUGCGGGGAACAACUAGAUUUGGCGAAGGAUCUGCAGCAAAUACUGGUGGACAAGUGUUUCGAAUAGAUUCCGGGACUGCAAUCAACACGGAUGCGACGACAGCAACCACUCCUGAUAGUGCAGCGGCGCCUGUCGCGCUUGGCCCUGAUGGGAAGCAGAAGACUGUCGUAAGGAGCGGAGGUGGACAAGUCUGGCAGGACUCUUCGUUGCUCGAAUGGGAUCCGGCGCACUUCCGAUUCUUUGUGGGAAAUCUGGCUGGUGAGGUCACAGAUGAUUCUUUGCUGAAAGCAUUUUCAAAAUACCCUUCGGUCCAAAAGGCACGGGUUGUGAGAGACAAGCGUACUACCAAAAGCAAAGGGUUUGGGUUUGUCAGCUUCAGCGAUGGCGAUGAAUAUUUUCGAGCGGCGCGAGAAAUGCAAGGCAAAUACGUUGGAAGUCAUCCCAUCCUCCUCAGAAGGAGCACUACAGAGAUUAGGCCUACCGCUCCGGGGUCUAAUAAGGGUGGGAAGCAUGGUAAAGGCGGCCAAGACAAUAAGCAAAACGGCUCAGGUGCAAAGACUGGAGCGGGUAUUCAAAAGAAGCAGAGUAAGACCAAGGGCGGGCUACGGAUUAUUGGUUAAAGUGCAGAUAGGGACCGCCUGCCAGGUUCUUUCUACUGUUGUGUUCUGGCGCAAUUUUUGUCAUAAAUUCUUUAUAUUGCUGUUAAAUUCAGCUUUUACGCAUAGAUGGCCACAGCAUGUUCAUGUGGCCACUAUCUAUUUAAUAAUUGAAUAUCAGUACGCAAAAUAUCCUUUAUACGUUUGAAAGUGUAUUGUCGUUGAAGAGCGUUGUAGCCAAUGGGAUAAUGGUCCAGAGAUAUCAGACAACUAUAGGGCUAUCUCUCUAAACCCUUAAUAAAGGCCCUGGAACUGACUAUUAAACCAAUGCAGAGCCUGUUCCUGGCAUUCAUUUGCCUGUUUUUGGGCAUCCAACAGGACAAGAUCUGCACGCACACCGAACCCAUGACUAGCACCAUAAUAGACCUUUACCUCUCCCUUGGC